UCGUGUAGCAGACCCGCUUGACGUUGCAAAGCAGCCCUUUCAUUCCUCUACUAGAUCUCCAUUUUCUUCGACCCGAGACACGGGAAAAGCGGGGUGAUUAACUGGGAAAAUGAAUGAAGAAUACGACGUCAUUGUUCUGGGGACCGGCCUGACGGAAUGCAUCCUGUCAGGGAUCAUGUCCGUGAAGGGGAAGAAGGUGCUGCACAUGGACCGCAACACCUACUACGGAGGAGAGAGCGCCUCCAUAACACCCCUGGAGGAUCUCUAUAAACGGUUCAACAUGCCUGGCAGUCCACCUGAUUCCAUGGGGAAGGGCCGUGACUGGAAUGUGGAUCUCAUCCCCAAGUUUCUCAUGGCCAAUGGCCAGCUGGUUCGCAUGCUGCUGAUCACUCAGGUGACGCGUUACCUGGACUUCAAGGUGAUCGAGGGCAGCUACGUCUACAAGAAGGGCUCCAUCUACAAGGUGCCGUCCACUGAGACUGAGGCGCUAGCAUCGAGUCUCAUGGGUCUCUUUGAGAAGAGGCGCUUCCGUAAGUUCCUGGUCUUCGUCGCCAACUUCGAUGAGAACGACCCUAAAACCAUGGAAGGAGUGGACCCCAAAAAAACCACCAUGCGUGAUGUCUACAAGAAGUUCGACCUGGGACAGGAUGUAAUGGACUUCACAGGCCAUGCCCUAGCGCUCUACCGCACAGAUGACUACCUGGACCAGCCGUGCAUUGACACCUUCCACAGGAUCAAGCUGUACAGUGAGUCUCUGGCUCGCUACGGCAAGAGUCCUUACCUGUACCCUCUGUACGGCCUUGGGGAGUUACCUCAGGGCUUUGCCAGACUAUGUGCCAUCUAUGGAGGAACCUACAUGUUGAAUAAGCCCAUUGAGGAGAUCAUUAUCGAGAACGGAAAGGUAGUCGGCGUUAAAUCGGAGGGAGAGAUUGCUCGCUGUAAGCAGCUGAUCUGCGACCCCAGCUACUUAAUGGACCGGGCCAAAAAGGUGGGCCAGGUUGUCCGGGUCAUCUGCAUCAUAAGCCACCCCAUCAAGAACACCAGCGACGCUAACUCCUGCCAGAUCAUCAUCCCCCAGAACCAGGUCAACAGGAAACACGACAUCUACGUGUGUAUGGCCUCGUUCCCACACAAUGUUGCGUCUAAGGGCAAGUACGUAGCCAUCGUCAGCACAACAGUGGAGACCAACGACCCCGAGAAGGAGAUCCAACCUGCUCUGGACCUGCUGGAGCCCAUUGAGCAGAAGUUUGUGAGCAUCAGUGACCUGCAUGAACCCACUGAUCUGGGAACCGAGAGUCAGAUCUUCAUCUCGCGUUCUUACGACGCCACCACCCACUUUGAGACCACCUGCGACGACAUCAAGGACAUCUACCGGCGCAUGACGGGCUCGGACUUUGACUUUGCGGAGAUGGAGCGCACGAAGAACGACAUCUUUGGCGAUGCCGCUGACCAGUAGAGGGAGCUAGUGGGCCAGAUUGCCCAGAUCAGGCGUUAUAAUCUCCAGUUUAAAUAAAAUGCAACAGAAAUAAAAAAACAAACGUAAACAAAACAGACCAACAACCAACCAAAAGAAAUGGGCUAGCUGAUGAUCACAUGUGUUUUUGUUUUGUUUUUGUUAAUCUUUUUUUUUUUUUUUGCCCUUAUUAAGAAGUUGAAGAUACUCAGUUACAAACUUAGCAUUUCACUUUGGGAGAUGGUAGGGUGACAUCAGCUCUUUUCCAGUCAGGGGGAGAUCUGGAGUGAUGGUUUAAAAGUAUGCUCGCUCUCUCUCUCUCUCUCUCUCUCUCUCUCUCUCUCUCUCUCUCUCUGUCUUUCUCUCGCUCACACUCUCUCAGCGAUGCCAAAUAACCAGCGGUAUUAUCAAGUCUUAUGACCACUCCUACCAGUACUUAU